AUGAAGAACUUUGGGGCUGUUGCUCUGACUGGUGCUGCCCUGCUGCAGGUAGCUUCUGCUGCUUGCUGUCGCAGCAACAACUGUUUGAAAGCGGUUGUCUUGGCCAAUGAUGAUGGAAUUGCUGAUUGUUCGGCCAAUCUGGUCGUUACCUUGACACCCUCGGCUGUCACCUUGACCGAGACAUUGACGGUGAUCGAGAGCGCAGUCGAAACUGCUUUGUUCACUGAGACGUCAACCGAAACCGCUUCGACCGAAACAGUCCUCUUCACUGAGACGACCACAAUCACAGCUGCCACACAGACAAGUAUCGUCCUCGAAACCACCACAGUUCCCGUUACUACCACCGUCGUCGAAUCGGCCUCGGCCGUCACCACGACUGCGUUCGUCUAUCAACAGCAGAUGACGGCUCGCGAUGUUGCGUCUUCUCUCCCCGAGUAUGUCACGGCUGUGUGUGCCGACUGGGAGAAGUAUGUCAAGGCCUGCAGUUGCGUCGGCAUUGAACCCUCCACCGUCACGGCAGCCGCAGCGACCGAGACUGUCACCGUGACAGCUGGUGACGCCAUCACCACGACUGUGGCCACACUCUCUAGCACCCAGACCGACGUCAUCACUGUCACGGAGACUAUUUCGGCCACUGUCACGGACAUCGUCUCCGCCACAGAAUUGGCAACCGUUACCGACACUGUCACUGCUUCCGAGACGACUACUGUCCUCACAACGUCGACCCCUACGAGCGUGGUAUCGCUCGCGUGCAAGCCAACGGGCACGGUAUUCCUGGCCUCUGUUUCGCCAUUUUGGGACGGAUCGACCCGGUGGAUGAACGUCGUCAACAGCAACAUCGUGGCCUGGCAGAGCUUUGCCGGCGGUCGUCCAAGUUCGACAUCAUUCACUGCCAUCUGGACCACUGAUAGCAACGGUUACUUGGGACUCAAGUACCCUACAGGAAACACGGAGGCCCUGGACGCGUAUGUCAGCAAGAGCCCUACCGGCCCCUCGGUGCAAGUGGUGGUCAGGACAAAGUCUGUUGUUGAGGCUGCUGUCGCGGCCGGCACACACGAGAGAGUGAAGGCGUGCAUUAACCCCGUCACCAACGAAGUGUACAUGUCAGGGCGGGGGAAGAUGAACAUUCUGGAGUGUGGUAAUGGUCUGUAUCUGUCCAGUGGCACCACGGGCUCAGACAUUCGGUCAGACUGCCACUUGAUCAAGCCCAAGGACAGUUGA